CGUUUGGUGGAGGAUUACUUCGCUGAAGAACCACUCUACCCCGAGAGUAUGUUUCGUACAAGAUUUCGUAUGAAUAAAGACCUCUUCCUCCGCAUUGUGAAUGCCCUUGGUCAGUGGUCUCCCUAUUUCACUUAUAGGGCAGAUUGUAGUGGUAGAAUAGGGCUCUCACCAUUGCAAAAGUGUACAUCAGCUAUGUGCAUGCUAGCUUAUGGCACCCAUGCAGAUGCCCUGGAUGAGUACUUGAAGAUUGGGAAGUGCACUGCAUUAGAGUGCUUGGACAAGUUUGCGCAUGGGGUGAUCGAGGUGUUUAGUGGGGAGUACUUGCGACGCCCCACACAAGAGGAUGUCGAGCGUUUGCUUCAGGUUAAUGAAGCUCGUGGUUUUCCUGGAAUGCUAGGUAGUAUUGAUUGCAUGCACUGGCGAUGGGAGAAGUGUCCUUUAGCAUGGAGGGGGCAAUUUACCCGUGGUGAUUACGGAGUGCCAACAAUGGUCCUAGAAGCUGUUGCUUCCCAGGACCUUCAUAUCUGGCAUGCUUUUUUUGGAAUUGCUGGGUCAAACAAUGACCUUAAUGUGCUCAACCAAUCCCCACUAUUUUUUGAUGCAUUGAAAGGAGAAGCCCCUCAAGUUCAAUUUUCAGUCAAUGGAAAUGAGUAUAGCACUGGUUACUACCUUGCUGAUGGUAUAUACCCAGAAUGGGCAGCUUUCGUGAAGACUAUACCACUUCCCCAAACAGAGAAGCAUAAGUUGUUUGCCAAGUACCAAGAAGGGGCAAGGAAGGAUGUUGAGCGUGCUUUCGGGGUAUUGCAGUCACGUUUUAUCAUUGUUCGCCGGCCUGCACGACUAUGGCAAAGAAAGAGUGUUGGAAGAAUCAUGCUAGCUUGUGUGAUUCUCCAUAAUAUGAUAGUUGAAGAUGAGAAAGAGCAUGCCACCUUUCAUAUUGACUUGAAUGUGAAUCCAGGAGCUUCAUUUGCUCUACCUCCUGAAGUGAAUGUUGGUGGUAAUCUCUGUUUCGCCGACGUGAUGCGUAGAAAAGCUACUAUUCGUGCUCGUCCACAACAUACACAGCUUAAAAAUGAUUUGAUCGAACAUAUUUGGCAUAGAUCUGGAAAUAGCCAUCUUAACUAA